UGGUGUAAUUUUUCGCGAAAACCCCUCAUAUCUAUUUGAGGUUUGUCAUGUCACCUGGUGUGGAUCUCUUCAAACUAGCCCCGCGCGCGCAGCCAGCAAACGAUGCGCAUUCGUCGCGUGGAGUUCUUGCUGCGAUCAUAUCAACACUCGUGCAUCCUGAAGGAAUAACUCCGUAUAACCGACAAGCCGAAGAAGAUUCAUUCACGUGCAAAUAACCCGAGGAGGGCACUAAACAAAACUGUAUAUGGAUUGAUUCAUUAAGUUUUUCUUUGUUCUUUUAAUGAAUCGUUUCGCGUUUUUUCCAUGGGACGGGAUGGCACAAAUUUCCAAUUGAGCAAUAUUUUUGUAUUGCUAGUAGUAUUUAGUAUUUUUUGUAGUAGUUAUAUAGUAGUAUCUAACAUUUGUUAGGUGAUGUCAACAACUGUUUAUUUACAGUGUUCACAGCGAGGUAAAAACGUCUUUGUUAUAGCAGUUCCGUGUAUUUAUUCUCUUAGCAUUAGAUUUGUCCCUUGUUUUUAAGACAAAAAUGCAGAAACAGGUUUAGGGGUGCUUGAAUCCACGACCCUCUUAUUGCAUAAGGACAUCACCCGAAAUUAUAAGGGAAUGCUAAUUGGAGGUACCUGUGGUAAGAAGAAACCAUGAUCUACAUGACCUGAGGUCUGACGGACUCUAGAUUCACUAGAUGGGGUGUUCAACCAGUGACAACACCUCCAAAGCAUUUUUUCUUUCUUAGUGGACAUCCAUUUCUCAUGACGCUCAUUUGACCCACAAAAUGGCAGUAGUGAAUUUGAACUUGACAACCGUUAUUGACAGUGGUUUGAUAGAAAGUGACCAAUCAACACGAGUUCUCACCGGUUGCUUUCUUUCCAUCCUAAUUCUGUCCACCUUACUGGGGAACACAUUGGUUUGUGCAGCUGUCACAAAGUUCCGACACCUGCGCUCGAAAGUCACCAACUUUUUUGUCAUCUCGCUGGCGGUGUCAGACCUGCUAGUGGCCAUUCUGGUCAUGCCCUGGAAGGCUGUGACAGAGGUAGCUGGCUUCUGGCCCUUUGGUUCAUUCUGUGACAUUUGGGUAGCUUUUGACAUCAUGUGCUCCACAGCUUCCAUCCUGAACCUCUGCAUUAUCAGCGUGGACCGAUACUGGGCCAUUUCCAGCCCUUUUCGCUAUGAGAGAAAAAUGACUCCCAGGGUGGCCUUUGUGAUGAUUAGUGUGGCUUGGACAUUGUCUGUGCUCAUCUCCUUCAUCCCAGUGCAGCUGAAAUGGCACAAGGCUCAGCCAAUGAGCUUCCCCGAGGUCAACACUUCACACGGCACCCUGCUGAUGGAUAACUGUGACUCUAGCCUCAACAGAACAUAUGCCAUUUCCUCCUCUCUCAUCAGCUUCUACAUUCCCGUUGCCAUCAUGAUUGUGACAUACACUCAGAUUUACAGAAUCGCCCGCAAACAGAUCAGAAGGAUCUCAGCUCUGGAAAGAGCCGCAGAGAGUGCGAAGAUUCGCCAUGACAGCAUGGGCAGCAGCUCCAACAUGGAUUCUGAGAGCUCCUUCAAACUGUCAUUCAAAAGGGAAACGAAAGUUCUAAAAACUCUGUCUGUUAUAAUGGGGGUAUUUGUUUGCUGCUGGUUGCCCUUUUUUAUCCUGAACUGCAUGGUGCCAUUUUGUAAGCACAGUCUGGCCAAUGGUGACACCCAUCUCACCUGCAUCAGUCCAAAAACAUUUGAUAUUUUUGUCUGGUUUGGAUGGGCAAAUUCUUCUCUUAACCCAAUCAUAUAUGCAUUUAAUGCAGACUUUCGCAGAGCUUUUGCUAUCCUACUGGGGUGCCAAAGACUCUGCCCAGGAAGCAAUAGCAUUGAGACACUUAGCCUAAACAAAAACUGAAGAACAUUGUACUUCUCUACGUUAGAUCAAACCUAAGCCUUAGGGAACUCUCAAUGUGUGGACAGAUUGGCUACAGUACGUGAGCCUGUGUCACACCAAUCCUUUGCAAAGGAAGGCUGGUAGAAAUCAUGAGGAAAAAGAUUUGGAAUUAAGGUCUCUGGGAAGAAAGCCCUCUUGCUGUGCUGGAGAGCAAGGACAGCGGCUCUGAUGUUCCUAAAGCAAGGCUAAUCUCAAUAAAAGCUAUACUUCCCCAAAGAAUGAGGCAGUGGUGACAUGCAUGUUCCCAGUGGCCUGCAGGCUUUCAGUUAUUGAAGCCACAAGUGACUUGCAUUAAUUAGGCAAGCAAUUAUUUUAUGUCCUUAGAAAAGAAAUGUGAAGCAAAGAAUGAUUAUUUAAUAUACAGAUGUUUGAAGAAACUGUAAAAUAAUGAUGUAUGUGAAGCUGAUCUUCUGGGCAAAACUGCAAUUCAAUGGAACAAAUGUUGUCUGUUAUUACUGUAAAUGACAGAGUGGAGAAUGUGUUUUUAGAGGAAUAUUCUGGGUUUAAUACAAGUUAAGCUCAAUUGACAGCAUUUGUGUCAUAAUGUUGAUUAUCAGAAAAAAUCAUUCAGAUAAAAAAAAAAAUUAAAAAAAAGCAAUUACAAUAGAAGUAAAUGGGUCAAUUUUCUGGAGGGUUUAAAGGCAGAAAUGUGAAGCUUAUCAUUUUAUUAAAGCACAUACAUUAAAUAUUCUGUUAAAACUGUAUUGUUUGAGCUGUAAAGUUGUUUAAAUCUACAUUUAGGGUUUACGGCGUUACGUUGUUGUAAAAUUGAAUAUAACUUUACACAGAAAAGGUUAGUAAGCGAUUUAAUCACACUAAAAUCAUGUUAACAUGCAUAUUUGUUUCGUCUUGUGGCUAUAACUUUGUAACAGUGAGUAUUUUACCGUUUACAGAUUGGCCCCAUUCACUUCCAUUGUAAGUGCCUCACUGGAACACAGAUUUGUGCUUUUUUUAAAGGAGGGACAAGUCGAAAUUACUUAAUCAACAUUAUGCCACAAAUGCUGUCGAUUGAUGUCAACUUGUACUGAACCCUGAAUAUUCCUUUAAUGUAUUCUAAUUCCAUCAAUAUUUUAAAUAUUACUGAAUUAUGGACAAUUUCAGCCAUUUUCAGUCAAAUUCAGUGUAAUCAGAAUCUAGUACACCACUGUUUAAAAAACAUCUAUCCUCAUCCUCUCCACUCACAUUACAUUUCCUUUACAUCUUGCCUUAUUCAUGAGACUUUGCUAUUUAUUAAUUUUUUUUCCAAAACAGGAGGGCAGAUGGUCAGUCAUGAGAUGGCCAUCCCAUUAUUGGCAUAGUGAACAUGCAUAUUGUUUUCUGGUACUUAUUCUCUUCAGAGCCUCUGAUCCAUUAUUAAACUGUGAAAGCUAAACACUAAGACUAAGAGAACAGAUGGUCAUAGAAUAAAAAUGCAGAUGUGGCAGUGAGCAAUGAAGUCUCAGUUACAGUUAACGAGUAAUAGUUCUGUUGUUGUUGAGAUUGUAAUUAUGUUCUAAAUCAGUCUGGGAUCCUCAGCGGCAGUACAAAUAACACUGGAUUGAUACUGUGUUAGUGGAUGUGAUGCAAUGUGGUAAUGUGGAAAAUUAUACAUUGCACACAAGAGCAACAUGGAUGAGAACCGCAGAAAGUCUGCAGCAAAUUGAAUGUAAUUAAUUAUGAUGAGUCUGUAAAGUCUAAUUAUGUUAUGAUCAGUUUAUGGUAUUUCUUUGGCAGAGAUUUGUCAUGAUUUCACAACACUACUUGGUGCAGUUGCUUGUAUUUACACCGUACAUACUGUUGUGGUGUUUAGAAAGACUAAAUAUGUGGUUUACCAAUUCAGUGUUGAAGUAGAAUUCAUAAUCAUAUCAUAAUCAUAUUUAAAGCUGAAGUGUGUAAUUUUUUCAAGGUUAAAAUGCUAUACCAGCUUAAUAUGCAGAGAGCACUAUAAACAAGUAAUUUGCCCAAAAAGCAUAAACACUGGCUCUGUGGUUCAACUUUGGUUCAAACAAUGGUGCAAGUUUGGGGCGGGAGUAUCUGUUUGACCAACAAAUGGCAGAUGGGACGAGUGUUCAGAAAACCUGUUAGAAAACUGUCAUUAUUUUUGCAAUUCCAUUUGGUGAUUCAAGUGGCACAAAAAUUACACAUUCUCCUUUAACUAAAAAUGUACAUCUUAUGAGAAAGUGAGUAUGUGCAAACAUCAGGAUUCAAAGUGUUAAAGUUCAUUCU